GGCAAGUGGGAAAAAGCUGUUUCGGAAAGAAUAUAAAACCUUAAAAAUUAAAACCUGUUUUUCUGAUAAUAUUACUAAUUAUUGUGGUAUUUAUGUUAGAAGAUUGCUCCAAGAAUCCUCUCAGUUGUGAGGACCAGAUACAUCUGUCAGUCUGUCCAGGGUUCAGGUUUUUUAGGUUAAACCCAAACUCCAAGUGGAUCUUAUAUGGCCAGAAAUUAAUUAUGAUGUUCAUAUCCACCUCACUGAUUGAAACACAGAAGAUAAUCAGAGAUGGGUAAUAACUAGUUACAUUUACAAUACCAGAAUUUGCACAAAGCUAUAUAUGUCAUCUGAUAUUUUAAAAUAUUAAAUCUGAGGUUUUGUUACGCAACGCUUAGGUAGUCUUUUUAGAAAACACCUUUUUACUCUUACAUUUUUAAGUUUGCAAAGUAUAUUUGAACCAGAUUACCUGAGUGAUCUGGAAGAUUGAUACAACAACAGCAGAAGCCAUUCAGUGCCUUAUAAACUAACAGAAGUAUUUUAAAGUGUAUCCUCUGAGCGACAGGGAGCCAGUGUAAGGGAACUGGGGUGAUGUGCCCUGUCUUCCUGGUCCUAGUGAGAACAUGAGCAGCAGCAUUCUGUAUCAGCUGGAGCUGUCUCAUAGAUUCUUUAGGCAGGCCUGUAAAGGGAAUAUUGCAGUACUGAAUUCGACUGAAGAUAUAGCACAUGAAUGAGUAACCGUAAAUCUGUUUUUCUGGUGAUCAAAGACCGACUUUGUAAUUAUCUUGUUGUGUUUCUGAAGGUUUAGGUCUGAGUCCAUCACUACUCCAGAUUUCAGGCCUUCUACUUUCUAGCCGUAAUACACACAUCCACACACUGAUUUACUCUAAGCAUCUGCUCAGUCCUUGAAUGAUUUCAUAGUCACCUGUUGACAUUGUAAUGUAGAACUAUGUCUCAUCUUGACAGUAACUAGUCUUAUUACUUGUUAAAAUAUGAGCCAUCAGAAGUAGAUAUGAAAAUAUUUGUAUUUCCAAACUUUCUCGUUUUCUGAAAGUUCUAUUCUUCCAUCCGUUUGUCCCUCCAAUUACCAUCCCGCCAUCAAUCCAAAUUAUAUAAAUCAUAAAUUUAUAGUAAACUUUUAACAUUCAGAAAUGGCCAAAAUAACUGAGAAACCUUUGUCUAGAUAUUUUGUAUCUCUCUUUGAUCAGCUUUUAAUAAGUUGAAAAUAACAGCUACACGAAUUCAGUGAGGCUUUCUUUUCUCAGCAAGUUCCUGGACUUUCUGUUAGAAAUAGUUUAUUAUGAGUGAAUUUUCCUCUGAGUCACUGGGAUGACUUCUUAAGCCUUCUUUUGUGAGUGUGAAUGAAAACAGUGGUUCUGUUCACAUACUGCUGCUGCUGGUUCUGGUUUCAGUUCUCUGAAGCCUCAGUGACAGAUUCCAAGCUGCCCGUCCCCCUUUCCCAACCUCUACUGGGUUGGCUGGUUAAAUUGGCAAGGAUUAGUGGGUGUGAGCAUUGCGUGCGUGUGUGUAUGUGUGUCUGGUUGCUCCUAGGGCGCAUGCGAACUGAGGCCCAAAAGGGAAAGCCUUCAUCAGAGAUCUAAGCCAGCUGCACAGCUUCAACUGCAAGAAGAGAGUUGAACUGAAGGGAUCUGCAUGUAAACCCUUCUGCAUGUACGCCACAGAGGCAGCCAGCUCUACAGACAGCAGAUCAAACUGCUACAACUAUGAGAAAUGAAUGAUUCCAAUCAGGUUGAUCCCUCAAGAUUCUCAGGCCUUAAAGGGCACUUUCCGCCCUGAGAGGGGGCUUCUAAGGAGUACUGACCUCUGAGGUUAAGUGGAAUCAGUCUGUGUGAAGGGCUGCGGAGAAGGGGAGGAGGGAGAAGUUUGUGGGAGGUGGGAGGCCACGGCGGGGCUCCUGCACUUCUCAAGAAGGAGACGAAGCAGUUGCCAGGAAGCAGCUUGAAAGGAGGAGAUGGCCACGGGAGAAAUUACAACACUUCCCGCUGUACCUGAGGACGGCGCCACUGGUGGCUUUCCUCCUGGGAGCUUCAAGGACCCCAAGAGACUGUACUGUAAAAACGGAGGCUUUUUUCUGAGGAUUAAACCUGACGGGGGUGUGGAUGGAAUCCGGGAGAAAAGCGACCCUCACAUAAAGCUUCAGCUGCAGGCGACCUCAGUGGGAGAGGUGAUCAUCAAAGGAGUUUGUGCAAACCGUUAUCUGGCGAUGAACAGAGAUGGACGGCUGUUUGGAGUGAGACGUCCAACAGAUGAGUGCUACUUCCUUGAGAGACUUGAGAGCAACAACUACAACACCUACCGCUCCAGGAAAUACCCAAACAUGUACGUGGCACUGAAGAGGACUGGCCAGUACAAGUCCGGGAGCAAAACCGGACCGGGUCAGAAGGCCAUUCUCUUUCUACCAAUGUCGGCAAAGUGCUAACCAGGUGUCAGAGAGAGAGAGAACGUCUUUUGGACGAUGUGGAGCCAAUGACCACAGUGUUGGAUUGGCUUUGCCUAAAACAGCUGUGACAAUCUAACUAUUUCCUCUGGAACAUGUGUGAUUAAUUCAGCUUUAAAUCCAAACGCUACCACAUAUUUAAAUGCAUUACUCCAGGUUUAGUCCA